UGUGUAGUCCACGCGCCGAAAGUAGGUUAGAGCGAGCCGCAGAGCAGGACAGAGCCGAGGGACGAGGAGCUGCUGCCUUAUUGCACUGUCCGCGUUUUAGCACAACCACACCUCUGAGACUGCGCCGAGCGGACACUAAGUCGAUAACUCAAACACACCGUUUGCGUUCAUUUGUGUUUUGAAGUCGGCGCGUCUAGAGAAAAAAGGUAGAAAAUCCAUAUGAGGAUUUGCUGUUGUGACAGUUUUCAGCUGCUCCAGUUUGGAGCAAAUAAGUGCGCGUCGCUCUCAGUGUUUCUUGGCUUCAUUUCCACCUGGAGUUGUAUGACUUGAAGAGUUGGCUGCACUUCACCGCCGACAUGAGAGCUCAAAUAGAGGUGAUUCCCUGUAAAAUCUGUGGGGACAAAUCCUCAGGGAUCCACUAUGGUGUCAUCACCUGCGAAGGCUGCAAGGGUUUCUUUCGCCGUAGCCAGCAGAACAAUGCUAUGUACUCCUGCUCACGACAGAGGAACUGUCUUAUUGACCGGACCAACCGUAACCGCUGUCAGCACUGCAGGCUGCAGAAGUGUCUCGCUCUGGGCAUGAGCCGUGAUGCGGUCAAGUUUGGUCGAAUGUCCAAAAAGCAGCGUGACAGCCUGUAUGCAGAGGUUCAGAAGCACCAGCAGUCCCAGGAGUGUGCGGGGCUGGGAGCCCGAGAGGAGAAUAGUGACAUGGCCGACCACAGCCGCACCUACAGAAGAGGCUCCGGCGCCGCACUCAGUGAUCUGGACGACAUUACCACGCUGCCAGAAGGCCUGCUUUUUGACCUGCCACUGACCCCAGAUGAUGCAGGUGGAGACUACUGUAACCUGGACACGCUGGGCGGCAGUGCAGGCAGCAGCUCAUCCUCUCAGAGUUCACCAGAACAGACCAACUUGGACUUUGUAGACGCCAACCACAGCAUCAAGCAUGAGUACCAGCUCUUGCACGACUCUGGACUCUUCUCACAUGCUAUCCUCAACCCACUGCCCGAGGGCUGCUCCCUGCUGGAGAUGGAGCGUAUAACUCAGAGUGUGGUGAAGUCCCAUAUUGAGACGAGCCAGUACAGCACAGAGGAGCUGAAGAGAAUGGCGUGGACCUUGUAUAGCCCAGAAGAGACACGCUCGUACCAGAACAAGUCAGCUGAGGUGAUGUGGCAACAAUGUGCGAUUCACAUCACCAAUGCAAUCCAGUAUGUGGUGGAGUUUGCCAAGCGCAUCACUGGCUUCAUGGACCUCUGUCAGAACGAUCAGAUUAUCCUCCUCAAAGCAGGCUGCAUGGAUGUUCUUCUGAUCCGUAUGUGUCGGGCCUAUAACCCCAUCAAUAAUACGUUGCUCUUUGACGGAAAGUUUGCCACUGCUCAGCUUUUCAAGGCCCUUGGUUGUGACGACCUUGUGAACGCAGUGUUUGACUUAGCUAAAAGCCUGAGCCGUAUACAGAUGUCCGAGGAAGAGAUGGCUCUCUUCAGUGCUGCUGUGCUGCUCUCACCAGACCGACCCUGGCUGACAGAUGUUCAGAAGGUCCAGAAGUUGCAGGAGAAAGUCUAUGUGGCUCUGCAGCGCUGCCUACAAAAAGAUGGAGCAUCAGAAGAGAAACUAGCUAAGAUGGUGUCUAAGCUUCCCAUAAUGAAGUCCAUUUGCAACCUUCACAUCGACAAACUGGAGUUUUUCCGUCUGGUUCACCCUGAGACAGCGUACACCUUUCCUCCUCUGUACCGGGAGGUUUUUGGCAGUGAAAUCACCUUCCCAGACUCCACAGAGGGCUAGCACCAUUUAGCUAAAACAGCUUGAUUCAAAUAGAGACAUUGAGGCGUAGGGAGGGGGAGAUAAAAAUGUGGCAACCAGCUGAGGGCAAAACCAACCAGCAGCUCAAUGACAAUCCUCCACGCUACACUUUAGGACACACUCCUCUCACCUCCCGCCCUGCAAGCUAGUUCAUUCAGCUUCGACGUAACACUACAGGAACUGCUGCUGGGUACUCAGUGCAUGUUACCUCUUUUUUACGGAGUUAAAGAAAUUAUUAAAGAGUAGCCUACAUAAUUUGUAUUCUCAAAAAUAUUUUUCUAUGACGAGACCAUAAGACUCUUCAUGUUGAAUUCCUUUCUAAUAUAAAUUUCACUUUUUUUUUUGUUCCUCUAAGCUAUUGUUGAAUGUACCCCUUUUCCCCUUAACCAUUCAGCACAGCCCUAGGCUUGAUAUAGAAUGUACAUACUUUAAAUCCUCAGCCACUUUGUGGAGUUUUGCAGUAAUGAUGCCUGUUUCCGUUGUCAGUCUCGUAACAGUUUAUUGUCUCAUUCAAUAUUUUUGGUAGCGCCCGUAUUUUGCAGUUUCGUAACGUAUGAACAAACUGUUUAAAGGGACCACGAUCAAACUCAUAAACAGACAGGGUUUUUUUUUUUUUACUGUGGGAAUCAUGGGUAAACGCUCAAGAGCGUCUGCCACCAUGCACCUACAAACUCUUGCACACAGAGCACAAAACACAGCACUUAUACUGAUCUUUGUAGGUAUUUUUACAAGAGCACUCUCACACACUGAUGUGAGCUCUUUAUUUUAUUAUUUUUUUUAAAUGCAAUCAAUGACCUCAGUCCUAAUACCUUUUCCCUUUGCAAAUGCCACUUAGAGAGAGAGAGAGUGAGAGGUGUUGUGAAAGUAUUUUCAGAUGUUCCUUUUUGAUAUAUACAUAUAUAAUAACACCUUAUAUAAUCAUUUAAGAGAGGAGCAGUCGUGUAUUCAUCCCAGGUGAGGAGCAGGGUAAUGCGCUUGUGCUCAGGUCUCUCAAACAGACACUGCCAGCCCAAACAUUGUAGUUCUGGGAUGGAAAGAUUUUUGUUGCUGAAUUGAAAAUCUAGUGGAUAAUUAGCACUUAUGAGUCCUCGUUAAAAUCCGAAACGAACUCUUGGCACAAGAUUUUACGGGUUCGCACUCAGACUGCCAUCUGUGAAACUUAUGUUAAACCAGUCAGAAAUGCUAGAUACCCCCUCCCGCUGUAGAGAAGCUGUAUGAACAAGGUGCUGAGCAGCCGACCACUGCGGCGGUUAUGUGCUCUCGUGGAGGAGUAUCUGGAACUGUCACACCUCAGCCCCGCCUGAGAGUGCCAUCGCCCCAGACCAUCCAGCAGCAGGUUCAAAAAGACUUUUGGAGUAAAGACAAAAAAAAUUAACUGAGAGUUUGAUGUUGAAAUGUUUGCAGGGUUGCAUGAGGGGAAGAUAAUAGAAAGUGGACAGGUGGGUGAUGGUGUUAUUUAAGCUCCUUAGACAUCAGUUAGAGGGGAUUUACUGUCUGCGCCAACUCUGACUGCUCCGGGGUCAGGCGGACUGCACUGUCGCCAAGGUGUUCUGAUUGGACAAUUAAAUCCUCUGUUCCUCUUUCCCCACUCCCUUACUACCUCACCCUCCUUAAACACUACAUGGCACAGCAAAGGGUUGACAGAGCCAUCAGCUACCCCCCUGAGUUAGUAUUUCUGCAUUUAUACUAGAGAGCUUCUUUAAAAAUAUAAUUAGUGUAGAAAUUUGACUGCAUUUUUUUUUUUAAUUAAUGAUACUAAAUUAUAUUAUUAUGCUCCUAAAACUGGACAAAAGACACAACUGAAUUGCUGGAUCUGUUUAUACUACCUAUCCUUUCUGACUGCUUUUCUGACAUUUGAGAGCAGUUCAUGCCUUUAGGUCCAGGAAGUCCUACUCAUAUACAGAUCUAUGAGUAGAAAAGCCUCUGAAGACACAUGAGGGUGUGUCCAGAUGAAACCUUUUUCUUCUAUGUAGGGGGACAUAUUGGAUUGCUGUAGAAAAGUAUCUUUCUACCAGUAUCCUAAAGCAGCUACUCGAAAAGAAUAGCUGUAAUCGGAGAAAACAAUGCUUUUGUUAUCUGGAGCGGUUUAAGACAAUCACAUGACAUGUCGGAGCUCUAUUUAAUGUCAGCCAGGUUUGCUUUGCACUGCUGGGACAGUGCUGUUUGCCAUACACUAUAUUAUCUGACAUAGUAUGAAGGGGUAUUGCCCUUUUCUGGGUACGUACAACAGUGGCAUGGUGGGAUUGUGCAAUAAUGUCUUUCCCAUUGUUCUCAGUAUGUUGGGCCUUUGUUGCCAUGUAUUACAGUUAAUAUUUUUAUAAGCACUCCAGCACAGUUAACCUCGCAGCACAACAAGUAAUGUUAUUUAGAAUAUAAUGUACCAAAUACACAACCAACCACUACACAGGUCAGCUAUCAGCUGAUAUGGCCAGAUGACACUUGGAGAUUGUAACAAAGUGCAAUACUUUAUGUGUCCAGUCCUAGAAUGUUAGACAUGCUGAUUUCAAAGGAGUCAGUGUACUUUAUAGUUUUUGCAGGCCUAAAAGCUGUCCAGGGGGCAGUACUGGAGAUCUGCACUUACAUUUCUGUUUAGAGUUACUCAGGGAGAUAGCUGGGCUCUCUGUCCUACAGUGUCUGCAGUUAGUCUAGCUAGCAAGACACCUUGCACCAACAACAUAGAAGACCUUAAACCUUGAUCACUGUGUACAGUACAUGUUCUUGUGAAUGUUUGAUUUCAGAAGUAUCAAAGAUUUUACCCCUGUCUAAUAUCAUUAUUGCAAGACUUUUUUCUGAGUUUGAGUCAUAGAUGAAAUAGGAUAUUAAAAAAAGUAAAGAUAGUAAAAUAUAAAUAUAAAAGAUGGACUAUAAUCUCUGAAUCUUGUGUUGGUUUUGUUGUGAUCUUUUGUUUCUCAAUUUUUAUCCUUAUAUGUACUGUUUUUUCUCAGUUUAGUGUCCUUUUUGUCUUGGAGAGAUGUAAUUCUAUUUUUUUAAAGAGCGUUUUUAAAGAUGUCUCCCUAAAAGUUUCUCUUUUGUCAUGAUCCUUCUGUUUAUAUGUUCACUCUAUUUUAAGAUUAUUAUUAUUAAAUCAAUAUAGAUUUUAAUAAGAAAUAAUUUAUGAUAUGUUAUGGAUAUAAAGCCCAAGAGGUUUUAACACAGUAAAGUGUUAUUGCACAAUGGUGAUACAAUAUGUGGAUUUAAGAAUGUAAUAAAAGUCUUUUUACAAUUAAAAGAAAAACUA